AGAAUGUCUAAAACAUUGUAUUGGAUACUGAUACUCUUUACAAGUUGUUGUAAUUUACAUGCUGAUAAUUAUAAACAUGUAAAUAUUGCUUAUAAACAAUUUUCCAAGAUGUCUUCAAUACUAACUACAAGCUUUGAUUAUUUGGCUGUUAAUGGGAGAUUUGAAACUAAUAUGCAUAGUACAAGUUGUAGUCAUACUCAAAUUCAAGAUACACCAUGGUUUCUUAUUCAAUUUGAAAGAUCCUAUAUUAUUAGAACAAUAAGAAUUUUAAAUAGGUCAACAUCACCAGAAAAAUUGAAUAAUUUAAUUGUUGGAACGAAAUUGUCAAGAGAUAUUUCGACAAUUGACGUCAAGCAAUUCAAAACAUUUUUUUUCCCUUAAUACUGCAGUUGGUCACUCUCGUUCAAAGACAAUGAAUUACGCUGACAAACCUCAUUUUGCGAGUACAGUUAUUUUUUAUAGAAAGGUUAAUGACGUAUUAAAUCUAUGUCAAAUUGAAAUAUGGAGUUUGCCAAAUAUUGCUAAAAAUAAACAAGCAACUGGAAGUAGUAAUCAUCCAAGUGCACCAAAUCAUGCAGUUGCGAUCAAUGGCGAAGUUAAUUGGGUAUUUGGGAGAAAUGGUUUAAUAUGUGCUCAUACUGCUACCCAAAAUAACCCAUGGUGGAAGGUUGAUUUAGCGGAAACAAGUCAAAUUUUAGCUGUAACAAUAAUUGGUAGAGGACAGCAUGCUGAUAGACUAAAAAAUCUUCGUAUUGCCGUUUCCAAAGACAACGUUAUCCCAACACCUCAACUUCCUUCAGUAUGUGGCUAUUAUGAUGGAAAAUUACCACCCUAUUUAACAAUGAGAUGUCCAAAAUCAACAAUAGGCCGUUAUUUAUCAGCCAUCAUUGUCGCCAACUCCGGAACCCUUAUCAUGUGUGAAUUAGAUGUUUUUGGCUAUAAUCUCAAUGAAAAUCUAAUAUUAAAUGUAAUUAUUUACAACGAAACAGACUAUUUCUAUAUUGGUAAUGUUCAAUCAAAAGAUUGUAAUGGAAAUAUAAUAUAUACAUCAGAUAUAUCAAAAUAUAAACUAUCCAUUUUUGAAAUUGUCUUAAAAGGAAUAGAUUUAGAGAAUAAUUGCCAAAAGAGAUUUAUUAAUUUCAUGACAACAUUUUAUGAUAAAAAUGGACAAGAAACUAUUAAUGAAUGUCAAUUAUUAGAUUCAAAUGAUGGAUAUUUUACAGAGAGAGAUAUGACUGAUGAAUGCAAAUAUCUUUGCAAUUGUAAUACUUUUGAAUGUAUAUCACUUUCAAUGAUUUAUUUAUCAAAUUUUCAAUCAUACUAUAAAGAACUAUUUAUAUAUUUACACUACUAA